CGUUACGGAUCACAGGAAAUAUUUAUUUCUGUUGUGAUUUUUAUUUUAUUCUUUGUGUAAAUAAUAUAAUGCCUUUUCGAAAAUAAAAUAUAUCAAUCCAUUUCUAAUACUUUUAAGUAUACAGUGUGAAGUUCGAGUUUCCAAUAAUGGAAUCGAAUGGUGUAGUUUUAUGCGACAAUCUAAUCAAGUGGUUGCAAACGCUGAAUCUUACAGCUAAACAUGGGAAUCCAGCAGAAUUAUCUGAUGGAGUGGCGAUAGCAGAGGCCCUAACUCAAAUAGCUCCGGAAUACUUCACUCCGGCAUGGAAUUCUAAGGUUAAAACUGACGUGGGGAAUAAUUGGAGGCUUAAAGUCAGCAAUUUGAAAAAAAUAUUGGAUGGUGUCAUAGAUUACCAUCAGGACAUCCUCAAUUUAAGUCUGCAAGAGUUCUCAAGGCCAGAUGUGAUCAACAUAGCAGAAAAUGCAGACCCGGCAGAUUUGGGAAGAUUAUUGCAACUUGUUCUCAGUUGUGCUGUCAACUGCAUCAAGAAGGAGGAAUACAUUACAAGAAUCAUGGAGCUGGAGUUGUCAUGCCAACGGUGUAUCAUGCAAGCUAUACAGGAGUUGGAGACCCUGACGUUGGGCGGGAACCGCGGCAGCCUGCACGCGGAGGCCGCAGUGGCCGACCAGACCGAUGCGGAGAUGAGAGAGGCGCUUGCGCAGCGGUGCCAUGAACUUGAUACGCAGGUGAAAAUCCUCCAAGAAGAGAAGAUGACGUUGUUAAGCGAGGUGGCCAGACUAACGGCGGCGAGAGAAGCAGCAGUGGAAGGGUCUCCAGGUGAAGGAGACAUUGACGACGCCGGCGCAUCGCUCGGGCCCGCGCACGCCGGUACACUGCGCUACAGCAACAUGCGCGCGCAACUUGACGCACUCAAACAUGAACUGGACAAAGUGGAACUGCAAAGGGAUGACCAGAGGGCAAGGGCUGAUGUACUGGAACGGGAGUUGGCACUGCUCAAGCUCAGGAAUGAGGAGCUUCAGAUAGCGGCAUCGGAAAACGUAGCGCUGAAGGAUGAAGUGGACGCGUUACGAGAGACGGCGGCGAAGGCAGCCGCUCUGGAAGCCACAGUCGCCUCAUACAAGAAGAGGAUGGAGGAACACGUUGAUCUUAGAAGACAGGUGAAACUCCUCGAGCGCGCGAACACCGAGCACGUGCAGCGCGCCAUCGAGCACGAGCAGGCCGCCACGCGGGCACACGCCAUCCGCGCGCAGCUCGACAUUUACAAGAAACAGGUGACAGAUCUAAAUGAGAAAUUAGAUGCGGAGAUAACGAAAGCGGACAAGCUUGAGAUUGAGAACAAGAAGCUGAGCAGCCGCGCGGCCUCGCUGCAGCGAGAACGGGACACCCUGCUGCAGGAGCGGGACACCCUCAGGGAGACGGUCGACGAACUGCGAUGCUCCACAAUCACCACUGGUGCGAGCGAAGAUAACGUCUCGAGGGAGUUAAUACCUAACGAUCUGAAGGAGCGGCUGAUCCGCCUGGAACACGAAAACAAAUUGCUACGGCAGAACCAGGGUGCGCAGGCAGACCAGGCUUCGGUGCAAGCACUGCUUGAAGACUACGCGGCGCGACUAGAGAAGCAGCGAGCCAUCAACCGCGAAGCCAACCAGCGGAUCAUGCAACUAGAAGCCACACUGGAAGCGCCGCACCCGCGGCUCGCUUCCGCCAUCGAGGAUAGCCAGAGGAAAUCUUUACAAGUAGAAGAAUUACAAGCAUCGUUGGCCGAAGAACGGCGGCGUGUCAGCAAGUUGCAGGAAACACUGUCGGCGAGAGAAGCAGAACUGCUGGCCACGGAAGAUAAAUACAAGAAGUGCGUCGAGAAAGCCAAGGAAGUCAUCAAGACCUUGGAUCCUCGUACUACAGGCCAGCAGUCUCUGUCGGACAUCACGCUGGGCUACACUCGCGGGGCGGGCAGCACGAGUGCGGGAGCGUCACGGGCCGACGCGCCGCCACCCAACAACAGGCACGAAUGGAGCGGCAGUGGCAGCGGGAGUGGAAGCGAGGAGGGCGCACGAGCUAACAGUGAACAGAGGUUACUGACCUCCGCGUGGUAUCAGCUCGGAGCGCGGUGUCACAGAGAUGCGGUGGAGACCCGCUUCGCCCUGCUGUCGUCGGGGCACUCGUUCCUGGCCCGCCAGCGUCGCCAGCCGCCGCGGCCGCGCCCGUCCGCGCCUGCCACGCCCGCGCAAUGACACCACACGCCGCUACGGGUGCUCUACACUAACGAGCGCACCACCAUCCUGCGGGACGGGUGAUGACUUUGAUGGUAGGAUAUUAUGCGAGUGCCUAUUAUGUAGCUAGAUUAUAGUAAGGUUCUACACCUGCGACAACAGCGGGCUUCGAACAAUAGUUACAGCGUGAACAUUGACAGUUUUUAAGUGUAGGUUUCCAUCAAAGCGGAGUGGAGAGGAGAAGAGCGGAGGUGUGCUGAACCGACCAAUCACGGCGUACAAGACUAAGAAAUUCUCUCUCUCUCGCGGUAAUUGGUCGAUUCCCGCACAUCUCCGCUUGUCUCCUCUCAGCUCCACUUUGGUGGAAACCCGCUAUUAUACUUGUUUUAUUGUAAUAACAAAUAUUGCGAGUUAAUGUGACAUAUUCUGCGUCUAUUGGUUGGAGCUCGUGAUAUUUGUUGCACAUGAUAUCCCGGUAGAACCUUACGCGAGGCCUAAGACGAUUAUAACCAGAGUUGACACCGUCUACUCGUGACUACUACUAUGAUGAUUUCGAGUGCCUAUGAUGUAGCUAGAGCCACAUAUUAUACCGUACUAACAGAAUGGCUGUAGACAAGGAUGUUUUGGUCCGUGACCAAAAUCGAAAUUGUCGCUGAAUCCUAUGAAAACGUCAUGUUUGACAAGUUUCAGUGUGUAAGUGGAAAAUGUAUGGAGAUGUGCAUACCAGCACCCUUCUGUUAAUGUCUUCCACGCGCCAAAAGAUCCAUGUCUGUAACGAGCGUUUCGUGAGAAUUUUAUUUAGGAUGACAUCGGGACUUCACCGGUUGUUUGGAACAAAGCUUUGUAAUCUAUUAAUUGAUUAUAAUAGGUUCAAAGCGGGCGCAAACCUCAAGAGAUUAAGCAAACUUUCCGAAGUCUGCUACGUUUAAGGGGUUGGUCUCAGGUUGGCUAGGUAGUAACAUAACUAUAUUAAAAUACUAUAUCGCAAAGCCACUAGAUAUCAUUUCACCUAGAUCUUACAUUGACCUCAUCGCAAAUAUAUUUUAUCGCAAAAUUACAUAGCGUUUUGUCUGCCUAAACAAUCCGAGACCAACCCAACUUUUCACUCGGUUUUAUCCGACUAUUAUACAGCUUGCCUGCAAUAGAAGGAGGUUGGAAGGGUCAAGUGAGCGCGAAACGCGCGUCAUAAAGUAUGAGCAAAUAGUUCAUACUUCAACUUUGCACUCCACUCGUCCGUCCGGAAAAUUCACGAUGCACGGAGCUCCGCGAUAUUAUAUUGAGAGAUCGUCUGGUCGUUUGAACCUGCAGGCCAAAUAAUCGAAUAUCGACUCAUGCAAAGAGAUUCCUCUUUAUAACAGGAACGUUAAUCCUCUUUAUACCUUAGUGUGAUCGGUUAUUAAUAAAAAAAUACUUUUGUAUUCAGUACCUUACAUAAAUAAAGUAAUGAUAAAAUUGCAGCCUAUCACAUAAAAUAUACAUUGCCGGUAAAGUGGCUAUCGAAUUCGACAAACAGUAGAGCUAUCGUAGUUAUCUGUUUGCAGGAGUAGUAAAAGAGAGCGGGGUUGAACCGGCGACAGCGUUUCUCAUACAAAAUGCGCGUUAGGGCCUUUCCAUCCUCUUUCUUCUAUUCCGUGAUUGGGAACGUAACAAUUUACUAGAUAAAAAAUGAUGAAUGACUAAGCUUAAUAUAAACCCAUAACAUUAAAAGAAAUAACAAGAUUUCGAUUCGGACUUUUACAUGUCGCAAAAUAAAUUGUAAUUUCGUAUUUUCCUAGUGAUGUUUGUUAUGCUUAGUCAUUUGUGGUAGAAUUAGAAAUAAAAGUCAUAUUAACAAUGGUAUGUACAAGUUACGACAGAGUGUUGGACUAGAUGUACUUUUAGGGGACAUGUAUACAAAUUCGGGCCGGCUUAAUUUGGUCUCUUUAUCUCUCGGGUCACUAAAAAUAAAUCAGUAAAUGUUGGGAGAAGUAGCUUCUGUCUACCUAUAUGCUGUUUUCAGCGAAGUCCUGCAACCACUUCUACGUCACUUGUGACCAGGUGAGAUUGUGGUCAAAUUCUUGCCUUUAAAAAAAUACCAAGCUGAAUAUGUGUAUAUGCACCUCAAUAGUUAAAUUGGGCUAAUGGUAAUCCAAAAGUUGUCUAAACUACCUGUGUAAUGUGCAGGUGAUUAGUGACCUAAAAUUGAAUAUAUUUUUAUAUUUCGAAAUUGAGAAAGAAAAUUGAGGAACGGAAAAGGUUGAUCCCUUUAUAACACAUUUUCUUUAUUUUUAGAUACAUUAUUUGCUUCGUUAAAUUGACAUUAUAACAUCCCACCAUACUUGAUUAUGAGGCUGUAAAGAUGUAAAUUUUGAAUUUAUAAUAAAUGUUUUCCGACAUGUUUAUUGACAUUUUUGUAGAAGUUAUAUCGAAUUUUUUUGUAUGUUCACAACGAUUUUAGGCAUUCCUUGUUUCACCAUUAUGAUUGUAAUAAAGUGGCCUCUUUUUUGCAAAAUUAGUGAAAUUCUUUACUUUGCUCAAUAGAUUAUUUGGGUUGAUAAAGCAAUAUUAUUUAAUUACAAUUCAUGUUAACUAUUUAGUUUACCAAUGAACAAACCAGACAAGCUUUUACGCUGUUUAGAUAGUAACAAUUAUUAGUUUAACCUUUUUUUACAUUUAUCAGUAUUUAUAUUAUUUUUACAUCCGUUGUAACCUAGUGUAACUAAACCAAUUAGAAUUUAUUAUUUUGUUAUAUGUUUUAGAUUAGGUGUGCUUUACAUGGUUUUCGAUCGGCAGCGGUGGAGUACUGACUUACUGAGUUUCCACCAAAGCGGAGAGGAGCGGACAUGAGCGGAGACGUGCGGAAUCGACCAAUCGUAGAGUUCGAGAGAGCGAGAGAAAACACCGCCUGUCGGUCUCUCCUUCGCGGUGAUUUGUCUAGUACUGCAUCUCUCCGCUCAUCUCAUCUCUUCUCCGCUUUGGUGGAAACCCUUACCCCUACCGGCAUUUGUAAACUGGUAUUGUAUCAGUUCUCUAAAUUGUGAAAAAACGCGUGUAUAGCAACCCUAACAUGACCAUGAUUUGUAAAUCAUCACAUUGUAUACACCAUUUAUAGAUUGUGUGAUCGUUUCACCUUAGGCUAAGUGAAAGUGACAAAAUGAUUAAAUUAAUGAUUAACGUUGUUCUUCAUAUGCGAACUUGUGUUAGAUGAUUCGUCAUUUUAUUUUUAUUAUUUUUUUAUAACAAUAUUAUUUGCGGUCUUUAUACAUAAACUUUUUCUAAAGAUUAAUUGCUGAAAGCGAGAUUUUUCUAGGGAUGGAAAUAUGGUUUUGAUUUUGUAAAAUUGAAUUUAAGGAAAGGAACGCACAAUUCGAGCGAAACGUAUGUAUUUUAAUUAAAAAGGUUAUGAAUAAAGACUGGAUAUAAUAGUGAAUUUUCCUUUGCAAGGUGCAAUCAGUGCAAAUCAUUUAUUUAUAACAUUACGUUAAACAAAAUGUGAUUCAUUGUUGAUAAUGACGAUUAUAUUGUGUUUUGAGAAUAAUAUAUAAAUUUUCAUAUA